CUGAACACUAGGAAAGCAGCAGAGAUAAACUUAGAGAAACUGAGAAACUUAGUUCAAACUUCACCUGGAGUCUUUGGUCUCCCCCUCUUCUCAAAUUAAGAAAGAGGGGGACGUUUACCCAUCCAUUGCUGUGCUCCAGGGGUGCCCCUAUGAAGGCAAUUUGCUGGAUUUUGGCAGGUUUUUACCUGCUUUUCUGCUGCAAGGCAGAAGAGGGACUGAAUUUCCCCACUUACGAUGGGAAAGACCGAGUGAUCGACCUGAACGAGAAGAAUUACAAGCAGGCAUUGAAGAAGUAUGACAUGCUCUGCCUGCUGUUCCAUGAGCCUGUGAGCUCUGACAAGAUCUCCCAGAAGCAGUUCCAGAUGACAGAGAUGGUCCUGGAGCUGGCAGCUCAGGUCCUGGAACCCAGGAGCAUUGGCUUUGGGAUGGUGGACUCCAAGAAGGAUGCCAAGCUUGCCAAAAAAUUAGGCUUGCUUGAAGAGGGAAGUCUCUAUGUGUUUAAGGAUGAGCGGUUGAUUGAAUUUGAYGGGGAACUGUCCGCAGAUGUCUUGGUGGAAUUCCUCUUGGAUUUGCUGGAAGACCCCGUGGAGGUCAUAAACAGCAAACUGGAGCUUCAGGCCUUCGACCAGAUCGAYGACGAGAUCAAACUCAUUGGCUACUUCAAGGGAGAAGACUCAGAACAUUUCAAGGCAUUUGAAGAAGCUGCAGAACAAUUCCAGCCSUACAUCAAGUUCUUUGCCACCUUUGACAAAGGGGUUGCCAAGAAGCUGGGCCUAAAGAUGAACGAGGUGGACUUCUAUGAGCCCUUCAUGGAUGAGCCYGUUCACAUCCCUGACAAGCCUUACUCAGAGGAGGAGCUGGUGGAUUUUGUGARAGAGCACAGAAGGGCCACCUUGAGGAAGCUGCGCCCAGAGGACAUGUUUGAGACGUGGGAGGAUGACAUGGAGGGAAUCCACAUCGUAGCCUUUGCUGAAGAAGAUGACCCAGAUGGGUUUGAGUUCCUGGAAAUCCUGAAGCAGGUUGCCAGGGACAACACUGAUAAUCCCGACCUGAGCAUUGUCUGGAUCGACCCUGAUGACUUUCCUCUGCUCAUCACUUACUGGGAGAAGACCUUYGACAUCGACCUGUUCAGACCGCAGAUCGGGGUGGUGAACGUCACAGACGCUGACAGCGUCUGGAUGGACAUCAGAGAUGAUGAUGACCUGCCCACAGCCGAGGAGCUGGAGGACUGGAUAGAGGAUGUGCUUUCUGGGAAGAUAAACACCGAGGAUGACGAUGACGAUGAUGACGACGAUGACGAUGAUGAUGACGACGACGAUGACGACGAUGAYGAUGACGACGAUGACGAUGAUGAUGACGAUGAYGAYGACUAACUGUGACUCUGUGCAGUUUGACUCGUGGGCCCCCAGAGCCCUCGCCCUGCGGCAGGUCCCUCCGUUGGAAGAUCCAAAUUUGAGCAUCAGCAAGCACCGCUGCUCCUCCUUCCCCCCCGCCCCGCUCCCCCUGCCCUUGCCGGGACCCCCUCG